AUGAGGGCCCCUAAGACUGUGAUGCAUGCCCUUAGAGACUGCUAUAUGGCUAAUCAGCUCUGGAAUAAGAUCAUCCCACUUGAUAAAUCGGCUGUGUUCUUUAGCCUUGCCUACCAUUUGUGGAAUAAUAGAAACUGUGCCAUUUUUCAGUUUUCUGCUUUAAGUAUUGAAGAUAUGUUGAAAAGGAUUGUUUAUGAGUUUGACUACUUUUUCUCUUGUAGUAGGAGUAAGGUGUUGUUAGCUACCAAGCAGUUAAAGCCUCAAAGUAUGGUCAAAUGGAAACCUCCUCUAAAAAACCAAUUCAAGUUUAAUACUGAUGGCUUUGUCGAGCAUGAGUUGAGGGCUGCUAGUUGUGGGGCGCUCAUCCAGGAUCACAUAGGAGCUUUCAUAGCUGGUUUCCAUAAUUCCAUAUAG